CACCCUAUCAAGCCAUUACUCUCAAUAAUUUUGAAAGCAAACCCCUCCCUCAUGUCCCUUCUACAACAACCCUAAAACCCCUCCUGCUUUCUCUUCACAACCACACAAAUUGAUCUCUCAUUUCAACAUCCUACAUAUAUACUUACUUCUUUCUGCCUUAAACACAUUACGCUCCAAUCUUUUCUAUCUUCAACUUCUUAGUUUCCUUUGAUAUAUAUACCUUUUCAAGUCAUGUCCAUCACUGGAAUACAUCCUGAAACUACUGAAAAAAUGUCCAAGAAAAUUAUCCAAUGGAGAAAUAAUGAUUCAGGAGAAAUUGAUGUGUUUGAGGCAGCAAAAUAUUUCUCAGGUGCAAAUGAAGAAUAUUAUUCUGGUUAUAAUUGCAACAAUGGCCAAAGUUUUCACAACAACAACAACAAGCAAAAUUUGAGAGGUGGAAGAAUGAGUUUUGACAUGCCAAUGAUGAGAAAUUCAUCACUUCUUCCUACACAAACAAAUACUACAACUACUACUUAUAUUAUGGAAAAACCAAUGAUCAAAAAUAAAGAUCAAAAGAAAUACAAGCAACCAAGUUCUCCAGGUGGUAGACUUGCUAGUUUCUUGAAUUCUCUCUUCAACCAAACAUCAUCCAAGAAAAAGAAAUCAUCAAAAUCUUCAGCUCAAUCUUUGAAAGAUGAAGAUGAAAGCCCAAGUGGAAGAAGGAAAAGAAGAAGUAGUAUAAGCCAUUUUAGCUUUAGAAGCUCAAGUAUUACUACUACUAUUAGUACUAAUACAAAUACUACUACUAAUAGUAGUGAUUCAAAGUCCAUUUACUCUUCAUUAAAUUCUGGUUUUAGAACUCCACCACCUUAUACUCCAACUCCAACAAAAUCAUAUAAAGAUUUCAGAACCUUUUCAGAUCAACAACAAGUAGUAAAGUAUAAGCAAACUGCAGUUUUACAACAUGAAGUAUGUGGUGACAAGAAAAGCAUGGAUUAUUCUUGGGAUGAGAAGUUAAAGUUGAGCAAAAAUAAUGGUGAAAAGUAUAUUAAGAGCACAAAUAGUGGAUUAUCAUAUGAGAAAAGCAAGACGUAUAACAAGGUUGUUGAUGUUGAUGAUAAUGAUGAUGGUGCAGAUAGUGAUUCAAGUUCUGAUUUGUUUGAUUUACCAAAUAUUGACUUGGAUUUCUAUUCAUCAAGUGGUUUGCCAGUUUAUGAGACUACACAUAUGGAUAACAUCAAGAGGGGUGCACCAAUUUCUAGUGGCGCAAUUUGAAGGGAAGACUUGCCACUACGGUAAAGGUUGUACGUGCAUCAAGUUGUCGGUCACAGGUUUAAGCUGUGAAACAAAUCUCUUGCGGAAGUAUAAAAUCAGACUGCGUACAAUAGAUUGAACAUGGUCCGACGUCUUAUUCCCGAACUUUGCGCAUAACAAAACCUUAGCAUUUUUUAUUUUUUUUUUGCCUUUUAUUCGUUUCCAUUUCCUUCACAAAAUAUUCAUAUUGAGUUUUUUUUUUUUUUUUUGGUGGUUGAUGAAAAAGGAAGUCUUGAUUUUCUUUGUCAGGAUAUGGGCAUAGAUCUGCCUUUAUUUCUUUUUUGUGCUCCUUUAGAAGUUUUUGCAAAGCUUUUUACUGUAUGUACAGUAUGGAAUGUCUUGUUUGCCUUGACUUUUAGUGAUUUACUUUUAUAGCUAUGAUAUGAUAUGGGAAUGGACUCUGGAGUGUAAGCACAUCAUAUGUCCACCACUAUAACAGCUUUGAUAUCA